GGAGCGUUAUUUCAUUUUCAAGGCUAAUGACCUUUUUUUGAUUGGUGAGGAAGUAAGUUUAUGGCUUAGGUUCCUCUUCGAAGCUGUUACACAACAAAAAAAAACUAUAAUACUAAUCCUUCGAAGCUGCUGCCUCUAUGGCCAUGGCCUUUCAGAUAAUAGCUUCUUCUUCGUCUUAUUUAUCACCAACGAUUACAAAAUCUCACCUUUUCUCUUAUCAUCCUCUGCAAUCUUGUUAUAAAGCUUCUUGGAAACCUAAUCAUCUCUCUUCAUGGUGUUCUCUACUGGGUUCUUCUAGUUUCUCACCUUACAUUGGUUUAAAGCAUCUGGGCAUCUCACUCUCGACUACUAAAUCUUCGAACCCAGAGAAGAAGAGAAGAUGUAAUAAGAGUAUGGUGAUUCGUGCGUCCCUGUUUGGUGUUGGAGCACCUGAGGCUUUGGUUAUUGGUGUUGUCGCUUUGUUAGUCUUUGGUCCUAAAGGCCUUGCUGAGGUAGCUCGGAAUCUUGGAAAAACCCUGCGUACAUUUCAGCCAACGAUUAGAGAGCUACAGGACGUUUCAAGAGAUUUCAAAAGUACCCUUGAGCGUGAAAUUGGUCUCGAUGACAUUUCAUCGCCAAACGUGUACAACCAAAACAGAACGAAUACUGUUCAACCUCCUCCUCCUCCUCCACCAUCAGCUCCCCAAAUUGAAGAUCCUGUGACUGCAAGUGACUCCAAUGAUGUUCAAUCACCAAAAGCUUACACAACCGAGGACUACCUCAAGAUCACUAAAGAGCAACUAAAAGCUAAGUCAACCGCUGAAAGCCAAACAGAGGAUCAAACUCAAACUCAAGAACCGCCACAACAACCCGGAAAUGUACAAACACCAACUGGUGAAAGCCAGCCCAAUGGUACAGCGAGAGAAACAACAGCUGCAUCUCCUCCAAGGCAAGAUUGAAAGCAUCAAAAUUUGACUUGUAGUGUUAAAAGCAUAAGCCUCUCUCUCUCUAUAUAUAUAUUGGGAAGCUUCGGAGGGAAUUUUUUUGAUCUGCCAAAAGAGAAGAAGCUAUUAGCUCUCUUGACAUUCUCACAAAGCUUGUAUGUACGCAUCUUGAUGGAUUGAAAAUUAUCAGAAUCUGUAUCAGUUGUGUAUUUAUGUGCCCAUUAGUUUUUCUUCAUAACGAUAAUUGAGUUUAUUAGGUGAACUGUAAUGAAUUUGAAUAAAUUAUUGGCUC